CGCUCCGUCUGCGGGGCAGUUCACAGUGAUGGGACCCACCCAGAGGGUCAUCGCCCCGGUGAGGGGAGAAGCCAUCCUCUCCUGCCGCCUCACCCCCAAGAUGAACGCCAGAACUAUGGACGUGAAGUGGUUCCAGGUCGAUAGAGGACUUCCGAUUCACUGGUACCGGGGGAGCCGAGAUGGGGCAGAGAGCGAGGGGCCGGAAUACGACAGGAGGACAGAAUUCCAGAAAGAGAACAUCGCCGAGGGGACCGUGACGCUGAAACUCCACGGGGUCCGGGCUUCGGACGAGGGAUUGUAUAAGUGUCUCUUUCAGUCGCCCUUCUACAGCAACGAAGCUCAGUUCCGUGUACAGGUUGCAGGCACCGGUUCGGUCCCUCACAUCCACAUCGAGGAGGACGAGAGGCGGGGGAUCCGGCUGAUUUGCAGCUCCUCGGGAUGGUACCCACGGCCCCGGGUACGGUGGAAGGACCCCAGAGGGCACCGCUUGCCACCUGCCUCGGAGAAGACCCAUCAGGAAGGAGACGGCCUGUACGCUGCGGAGACUUCCUUCGUCCUGGCGGCCGAGUCCAAGGAGAACGUAUCCUGCUUCAUCCAGAACCCGCUUCUUGACCUGGACAAGGAAAUGAGGAUUUCUGUGGCAGACUCCCUGUUCCCGCGGGUCUCUCUUGAGAAGACUGUCCUGAUUGUGAUCGUGACCGUCUUGUUUUUUCUCCUGUCCUCUUCCGCUUACGUCCACUGGAUACGGCACAGGGCCAAGGAGGCGCUCCAGGAAGAAUGUGAGAAGCUCAGGGAAGACCUCAAGAGAAGAAAACUCCUGGGAGAAGAAGUGGACGUGACGCUGGAUCCCAGCUCUGCCGAUCUCUACCUCAUCGUGUCUGAGGAUAAGAAAGCCGUAAGGUCCGUCGGCAAAAAACUCGACUUGGCUGACCUCGAAGAUAGAUUCGACAACCCGUUCGCUGUCCUGGGCCAUCAGCGGUUCGAUCGAGGCUGUCACUACUGGGAGGUGGGGGUGGAAGGCAAGACCAGAUGGACCUUGGGGCUGUGCAAGCAAUCGAUCCCCAGGAAGGGACGGUACAUUUCCGCUUCCCCUGAGAGCGGCUUUUGGGCUCUGAGUCCGAAGAACACCGACAACUACCAGGCCCUCACCUCUUCCCGCGCCCCCAUCUACGUCAUCGAGCCCCCCAGGGCGGUGGGGAUUUUUCUGGAGUACGAGGAAGGGCGGGUUUCCUUCUGCAACGUGACGGAAGGCACCUGGCUCUACACCUUCAAAGCUUCCUUCACCGAGACCCUCAGGCCUUACUUCUAUCCCGGGCCCCUCUCCAAAGGGAAAAACGUCAAUCCUCUGAUCAUCCUGCCCAGGCCCCGGGAAGGGAGAGGGGCUCGCUCCGACGGCCCGAGUACGCAAGAGAGUAAACCCCUCAUGGAUGGGGACGGUCAGCACGGAGAGGAAUCAGAGACCCGCUAACUGACGGUGGACCGUGAGCUCCUUGCGGACAGGGAUCGCAUCUACCGACUCUCGGACCGUCCUCUCCCAGAUGCUCAGUACGGUGCUGUGCCCACAUUAAGCACUCGUUAAAUACCUCUGACCGAUUA